CACGGUCCAGCUGAUGCAAGGGGCGAGUUCGGCAGAAGCGAGCAGUCAUGACAGUUACGUCAGAGUGGUAGUAUAUAUCGUCCACACUCCAGUCCCGGGAAUUCAGUAUCCGUUCUCUCGAGUGUCGCGAGUGUUUAAGAGCGAGUCAUGAUGUGGUCGAGGACUUCCGCGUGGGUGUUUGUCAUUUUGGCAAUUUCCUUUCACACUUGCACGGCGAUUUGGUAUGGGAUUAAGAAGACCCCAAACGGAGACACAACUGCUGGUGAGAGGUGCUUCUGUCAGUUAAAAGGAGUAAUAGAUGACUGUUCCUGUUCUGUGGAGACUUUAGACAGCUUCAACAACCUGAAGCUGUAUCCACGCCUGAAUAGCCUCCUGCAGUAUGACUACUUCAGGUACUGGAAGGUGAACUUGAAAAAAGAAUGUCCUUUUUGGGAAGAUGACAGCAAGUGUGCCAUUCGUUACUGCAGUGUGAAGCCAUGUACUGAUCAAGAAGACUCAGAAAACGGCUCACAGGGUGAAGAAAAUAAUGUAGGGGAAUCAGAUGCAAGCAAUCGUGCCAGUUCAGACAAGAAGGUCCCAGAGGGUAUAAAGGGAGCUUCCAUAGACAAAAUUGAGAAGGAAAAGAAGGAAAAGUCCCACAUGGUGACUGGACAUUGUGAUGGAGAGAAUGACCUUGGAUACUUGAAUACUACUCUCAGCAAGGAAUCCAAAGUUGGUUUUAAGCGCUGGGCAGCCCAUGAUGAUGCACAGCUGAACUUUUGCAAAAUUGAUGACGACAGUUCUGAGGAUAGUGAAUAUGUUGAUCUAUUGCUGAAUCCUGAGCGGUACACAGGUUAUGCAGGACCUUCAGCACAUAGAAUAUGGAGAACAAUAUACCAAGAAAAUUGCUUUAAGCCAUCUAGGGCAAUUGGCCGUUACACAGACUUCAGUAGUAUUGGAGCCAAUGAUUUUCUGAAAGAAAUGUGCUUGGAAAAAAGAACAUUUUACAGAGCUAUUUCCGGUCUCCAUACCAGUAUCAACAUUCACCUGAGUGCUAACUACCUCCUGUCAGACCAGAAUGGCUUUGAAAUGUCAAAGGAUGGCCAGUGGGGUCCGAAUGUACAGGAAUUCCAGACGAGGUUUGACCCAGAACUAACUGGCGGAGAGGGAACCCACCGCCUGAAGAACCUCUACUUUGUAUACCUUCUUGAACUAAGAGCUUUAGCUAAAGCUGCACCAUACCUUGAAAGCUUAGAAUACUAAGGAAAUGAAAAUGAAGAUAAUGAUGUUUUAUCAAAGGCAGUUAAAGACUUAUUAACUGUUUUGUAACCAUUGUUUUGCAGGAGUUUUCCAGAGCACUUUGAUGAAAGCUCCAUGUUCUCUGGCGGCCAGCAUGCAGCUAAGUUGAAAGAGGAAUUUCGGCAACACUUUUGGAAUGUGUCUCGUAUUAUGGACUGCGUUGGAUGUGACAAGUGUCGUCUUUGGGGCAAGCUGCAGGUAACUGGCCUUGGUACAGCACUCAAGAUUCUGUUCUCAGGCAAUCUAGACCCAGAAGGUAACCAAAACUUAGAUCUUCCAGCCGUGAGACACACAAAGUUCCAGCUGUCUCGUAUUGAGAUUGUUGCUCUUAUCAAUGCCUUUGGUCGGUUGUCCAGCAGCAUCAUGGCGCUAGAGAACUUUCGGCAGAGCAUAACCAGAAGAUAAUGACAAGAUUGGCUACUCUGAGCUGAACUUCUGUGAUAUUUGUUAUAUGUUGCCCAAAUACAUAGUUGUAUGCUAGAUUAUGACAGGUGGGCUGCCAACUGCCAGUGGUAGCAUCAUAUAUUCAAAGAAGGAACAUGACAGAUGUAAGACAAGGUAAAUAAAAAAAAAAGAUGGAAAAAGAUGGUUUCAGUUCACAAGCUCGAGUUACAUAUUUUACUAGCUGUCAAAGAAUAACAAAUAUGUAUUUCAGGAAUCUGUGAAAUGUAUUUUGAGAUUAUGUCCAUUAGAGAAGAAAAAAGUUGGGAUUUCUAGGGUCUAUAAAGAUUUUGGGAGUAUGUUCUUUAAUGUAACUAGUUUUGAGGUAGUUAUCUUACAGAACUUGUGACUUGCAUUCAUUUUAAGCUGAAGCAUUAAAUGAGUGACAUUAUUGAAUAAUUAUUCAUGCUUCUGUGUUGUUUGAAACAAAGUUAUAACCAUCAGAACUGAAUCUAUAUUGAAUGGUUUAUUACAAUAUGAAUUUUUAUUACAUCUGUGUUUAACAUUUCUCAUUAAUUCAUAUACUUCUUAUUUUCUUCUAUGUUGUUUCCAUGCUCUUUCUUUUUCAUUCCCUCAUUACCCCUUUAGAUCAUGUUAAUCUCUGAGGGGUGUCUAGUUACAUAACACAACCUCAGACUGAUAAAGACUACAUAUUUAUUUCUUGCAUCAUCAAAUGUCACACCCUAGUAGUAGAGCCUUUAAAAGGGGACAAGUUUCAAGUCAUUUAUUUUGUGAUAUUUUUUCAUAUUAUGAAGUAUGUUUACAUCAUGCCCUAUCUGUCAUUUUGCCCACAUGGCUUUUCCUACUUACUUAUGGCAGGGUUUUGGUAUAUAGAAUUUUUUUUGCUGCUGAUGAUAAAUACUUAUUAUUAUUUAGAAUAAGAUGUCCAAUAAGAGUGAUCUAAAAUAUGCUAGGAUUCUCUAGCACAUUAAUCUAUCAACACUAAGAGAACAAACAAUAAGAAAAAAGUAUAUCAAUAGAUUACAGUGGUUAAAAGUUUACUUCUUUUUGGAAAUAUAUAUAGUUGAUGUACACACAUUUCUGACGGCAUUUUUCACAAACCAUCAACAUAUCCUUUAAAUUCAUGGGCUUCUUUACAUUUCUGUUCUUCCUGGUUUAGGUCAUAUGUUAAUUUUUUCUCUCUCUUCUGUAUUUUCUGAAUCAAGUGAAAGGAAGAUGAAUGUCUGUGAUUAGAGGUGUCAAUAUUUAAUAACUAUUGCAUUGCUGUUGUGAGUGUUCAACAAGCACAAGACUAAUUGUACAAGUCAUUGCAGUACGAUGCUGUUUUACAAUAUCAAAAAAUGUCUUUUGAAUACAGAAGAGAAUGCAUUUUCUAAAGAUCUGUAUCCCAGUGAACAUCCAACAAGUAACUUGUGGUUGUAUCAACAGCUGUAUCAGUGAUAGUUAUCAUGUGGCAGAAUUCAAUCAGAGAAUCUCAAAUGAGUUUCUUUCAUUUAUGGCUUUUUCCAAUCAGAAAUGCUUGAUUUGAUAUCAAUAAAUAUCAGUGGAUGAGUACAUGGCAUUAUAGAUUGAGUGACUCAAAAUGUACUUAAUUCAGAAGCAUCUUUAUAGAGUUGUGUAAUAUAUAAUGUAUGCACUGUGCACAAGAGGUGUUCAGAGCUCAAGAGAAAUAAGAAGUUCCUAUCUUAGAUGUUCUGUACACUUUCUUCUGAGACAUAGGCAUCUUUAUCACACAAAAAAUGGAGCACCUUGCCUUAAAAAAAAAAAAAAAAAAAAAAAA